AGUGGUGAUGCUGCGGCCACGUGACUCCCGCUGCACCGUAAAAACCCGCCGUCGGUAAUAAGGCGCAGCGGAAAAAGCACCGACAGAUGAGCGCAGCGUCCUCAGAGACCACACCGACCAGCAUGCACCGCGGCAGCCGCACACGUCACACCAGCGGCCCGCGUUAGUUUUAUUUUUUUUAAUGUUUAUUUACAUUUCAAGAUAGGGACAAUUUUACAAAAGUGAUGUACAAGAAACAAAACCAUCAAUGGUGGAAAUCAGCAACCAUAUAAACAUGAAAACAGAGGAGUCAUACUGAAGUCAGAUAAACAUCAUAGAAACAAAGACAAAAGAUGGAAAAAAAAGGGUGAGACAGAGGAGCACAGCACUGGAUAUUAGAAGAGCAAGGAUCGGGAGAUAGAUGUGUAAACCAGUCAGUCUUGUUGGUUUUUCAAUUCAAUUUUAUUUCUAUAGCGUCAAUUACAGUCAAAUCGUCUCAAGACGCUUUACAGAACCCUUCUUUCCAUAAUUUUCAGCGACUUAAAGGAACUGGUAAAGUUGCAUAAGAACACAGAGGGAAGGCUUCUGUUCCUUUUACAAGUGUGAAUAUGAUAUUUACCCAUAAUGAUUACAAGAUUUAUGGUGUCAGAAACAUUCACCUCAAGAUUUUUCAUAAAAUAAAUAACAUCCUUGUAGGUAAAUGAGGGUAUGUUGUCCAUUUUCAAAGACAACCAGUUAUGGAUUUCAGAGCAGAACAAAGUGACAUGGUAACAAUAAAAAAAAAGAUGCUCAACAGUUUAAGCGUCUGAAGAGCAAAAGACACAUGGAUCGACAUCGGAUUUAAAUCUUUUACGCUAAAAGUCCCUAGUAGGGUAUAUUCCUGACACUAUUUUAAAAUCGGUCUCUUUAACUUUAGGAGCAACAGGAUAAGACGGAUAAAAGGAAAGAGCUUGUCUCUGUAACGAAACCUCAAUAUUAUCAUGAACAGAAUAGGAAUUAAAUUCGCCAAAGACAUUUUGUUUAAAAACCAUACUUAUCAAUUAGUUGUUACAUUUCCAAUCUUUAGAGUAGGCAGAGAGGGAGAAAUAGAAGAGAACUGCAUCCUAUUGUGUAUCAGGUGAAUUAAAGGAGUAGGAAAUGCUUUGCAAUUUUUCUCAUAUUCUCUUCUAGGAAUGAUAAUAUUAUAUUUCUCAUUGAAGUCUUCAAAGGAGAGCAGAUUGGUUUGGUUUCAAUAAAUCAUAAACAAACAUUAUAUCACUGUGAAACCAUUCAGACUUGAAUACAGAUUUUGUGUUUAUGGUAAUGACUCUGUUGUUCCACAGCAAAGAGUUCUGUGGUGAAAAAUUAUGGCUAAAAAUCAUCUUUGCAAACUGUAAAGCCUGUUUGUGGAAAUUAGACAGUUUUACAGGAAUUUUUAACACUUCAGAGUCACAUUUUAGCAAGAAAUCAGUCCCUCCUAUCUUAUUAAAACAUUUGUUGGGAAUGAGGUUCCAUAUGGAAUGGGACAGAGACGUGCAGUCUUUGAACCAUUUGACUCUAAAAGAUGCAAUUACAGAGUCUUUAACCAGCUGUGAUUUACGAAUAUAAUGAGUCUUAUUCUUCCAUACAAAUUUGAAUAUGACAGAAUUAACAGAUUUAAGUGUUUUAGAAGUGUGCAGAGGAUGGCAAGCGUAAAUACGUCUUGAGAGACCGUCUACCUUGGACAGAGAAUCCUACCCAGUAUAGAUCAGUCAGGUGUGAGCCAAUGAUUCAGAAGCUUUUGGACUCCUUUUACUCUUGGAAUAAUAUUUAAAUCUUCUCUAUCGUGUAUGUUUUUAUUGUUUUGAUUGGGAUAUUGGCUAUGCUAUUUAGAUUGCUGCCAUGAACAGCCAUGAGUUCACAUUUUCUGAGAUUUAAAGUCAAACCGGAAGCUUUUGAGAAAAAACCUAUUUUAUCAAUUACUUUUGAAACCAUAUUUUUAUUUCUUAAGAAAAGUGCCGUAUCAUCUGCAAAUUGGCUUAUUAUGAAUUCCUUUCCUAAAAUUUCGAUACCUUUAAUUUCAGGGGAGUUUUUAAGAUAAAUCGCCAUUAACUCUGCAGCUAAAAUAAAUAAUAGGGGGCUAAUUGGACAUCCCUGACGAAUACCUCUUUUGACUGGGAAUCUCGCUGAGCCCACGUUAGUUCUUUCCAUCACCUGCAGGAGGGCUCCGAACCUGGUCCAAGAACCAGGUCCAAACCUGGUUCUAGACUUGUUCAAAAGCAGGAUGAAAAAAGUAGGACUGCUUCAAAACCAGUUUAAAUCCAGUCUAAGACCAGUCUAAAUUUGGCCCAAACACCAGUCCAAGACCAGCAUAAACACCAGCCUAGUCAGUACUGAUACUACAGAAUCAGCAGAAAUCCAAUCCAAACACGUACAUCCUCACCAGGACCAGAACCAGGACCAGAAGACCAGCAGCAGAUAAAGAGCUCAUCACUGUCAAGAAUGAAGGUGGAAGAGGAGAACAUCCAGCAGAUGGCAGCAAACACACACACUAACACACACACACUAACACACACACACUAAUACACACACACACUAACACACACACAGACACUCUCUCUCUGAGGGGGCGUGGCCUCCAGCUGUGUUUGGAGCGCGUGCAUUUCCAGCAAAGACACGGAACAGAUGAACAUUUCCUAGAUAUCAAUUACUGUUCUGUUAUUGAUCUCUGUUAUUGUUCUGUUAUUGAUCUCUGUUAUUGAUCACUGAGGAGUCAGGGGCCCAGCCAUGAUGAAAGGAACCUUUGACUUCUAAGACUGACAUCACAUCUGGACAGUAGUUUAGGCAGAUUCAGCCAGUCAGGGGGACUUUGAGUCAUCAGGUGAGUGAUGACAUCAUCAGGUGAGCUGAUUGGCUGACAGUGACAGCGGUGGGUGUUGAACAGUGGCCAGUAGGGGGCGAUGGCUGCUGCCUAUAGCAGCCAUGAAAUCGUGGAGGAUUACCUGCACCACAAGCUGCUCAGCAGGGGCGUGGUCUGGCCCCGCCCACCGCCAGGUAGAGGAGGCGAUGCAGACGACAUCCUGCAAGGUGAGGAGGCCAUCUGUGUUGGCAUGGCAACCACCUCGUCUCCUUCUUUGUCUCCUUCUCUUCAUCCUUGUCUCCUUCUUUGUCUCCUUCUCUCCAUCCUUGUCUCAUUUUUUGUCUCCUUCUCUCCAUCCUUGUCUCCUUCUUUGUCUCCUUCUCUCCAUCCUUCGAUGACAUCAUUUAUUUUGCUAUUCCUAGAUCUGGGUUUGGCUCCGCCCCCGCUGCAGGCUGCGCUUCGCACCGCCGGCGACGAGCUGGCACGCUGUUACCAUGGCGACCUGUGGGCCCAGGUGUCGGUGCGGCUGUGCGGAGACGGUGGCGGUGUGGUGCAACGGCACAGCCUGACGGCGGUUAGCCGGGAGCUGUUCAGGGAUGGCGUCAACUGGGGACGCAUCGUAGCCAUGAUGGAACUGGGCGGAGCUCUGAGCACUGAAGCUGCUGAGGCGGGUCUCACCUGUCAGGUGGAUGACAUCGCCGGCUGGAUGGAGGACAGUCUGGACUCACCGCCACUCCGAGGAUGGAUCCAAGACAACGGAGGAUGGGAUGCCUUUCUGCAGCUGUACGACUCCAGACCUCCAGUCACUUCCUGGUCCCUGAGGACGGUGGUUGGACUGGUUGUACUGGGAGCAGUUGGGAUCAUACUGGGAGUCUUGUUCAGCCAGAAAUAAAACUUGCUGGUCCAUUCAGUUCAUCAGUAGAAUCACAUACUGACAAGGCCAGAACUGUAAAUACAAUUCACAUUAAGGAGCUGUUCUCUGAUCAACAGUCGUGUUGUUUGUUCUCACCGGGUGGGACUAAAAUUACAGCUAUAACUAUAAAAACUUUACAGAUAUGUGCUGUUAUUUCAGAUGGAAAGGGUGUAUAAAUCUGCAGAUACAUGUCAUUCUGUUACAGAUUACUGCUGUUAUUUUCAUUGUUUUUUAGUCGUUGAAUGUUAGUUAUUUUUCUCACCACUUUAACUACAGAUUAUUUUUACAGUUUGACUAUUAAACGAUAAACAACCUGCUG